UUUAAUGCCAUUAUGGAGACACUUCCGUGAAACACAAACAUGGCGACUUUGUCGGGGCGACUCAGUCUGUUUGGUUCGACAUUGUGAGGGGCGACUUUGCUGGUACGAGUUUAAAAGUUUAGGGUAUUAUAAGGGCCCAUUCGCCGAGAUGCCACAUUUUGUGUGACUGUCCUCGCAGGAAAUGACGUCCAUGAAGAAGUUGUCUGGCUUUCCAUCGCUUGAUAGAAGUGAAAUGCUUGUUCCAUCUGAGAGACGUGGACAGCUUUGGCGAUGGUUUAUUGCUGGAACGCUGCUCAACCUGUGCAUCACCGCUGCGUUGGUUGGCUUAACGACGUUCUACUUCAGCACGGAGUUGCAGUCCGUUAGGGUCCAGAUGGAAUCUCACGGAGAGCGUCUGGCAUUAUUGGAGAAAAUUCCUCUACCAACAAGCCACAACGAUGUGCCAGGCGCACUCGAUGAGCUCUUGUCGAGACAGAGACGACGCCGGGACGCAGCUUCGUCCAUGGACUACGGAUACGGGCCCGGUGUUAGAGAUGACUCGAACGCCUCGUCAGCGCUCGUACCGAACUCAGAUCGACCACUUAUGACAAGACCUUGUCGUGACGGGCGGGAUGGAAGGGAUGGUAUGGAUGGACGGGACGGGAGGCAAGGAGAUUCGGGCGUGGCAGGUCCACCGGGAGAAAAGGGUGAAACAGGCCUGCAGGGAGAAGCCGGACCACGGGGCAUGAAAGGGGACCCCGGUGACAUUGGUUCACCCGAUACUAGCACCAAUCCAGCAGGAGGACCUACUUACAUCCGAUGGGGGCGCACUACUUGUCCAGAACAUGAAGGCACUGAGUUUGUGUAUCAAGGAUUUGGAUCCGGAGCAGCUUCCACACAUAAGGGUGGAUCUUCCGACUUCUUGUGCAUUCCUUCUACUCCGGAUUGGGCUGACACUUUCAACGAUGCAGGAAACUCCCACUCCUAUCUGUAUGGAAUGGAGUACGAAGUAGCAUCAUUUGACCCAUUCUCACACGAAAAUGCCGAGUUUAUCAACCAGCGUGACGUACCGUGUGCAGUGUGCCGUCUCACAAACCGUGGAACACAUCUUCUGAUUCCGGCUAAGAGAGAAUGCCCCCAGAACUGGACCCAAGAAUAUCAAGGCUUCCUCAUGUCCGGACUCUACAGCAGUGAGCAGCGCAGCCAGGCGGUGUGUGUAGAUGAAGCACCCGAGGUUAUCCCCAGUAGUCAAGCCAGUAGCGCCGGGGCGCUGCUUUACAUCAUGGAAAUUCAGUGUGGCUCAAUCCCAUGUCCCCCAUACGUUCAACUCCGUGAAGUGACGUGCACAGUCUGCAGUGUGUAGAACUAUUGCAGUUACUUUCAUUGUUCUACUUCAUCGCUGUUUUACUUCAUUGCUUUUUAUACAGAAAUAUUACUCGGUAUGCUAUUAUAGUCGGUUUUGUUUCUUAUUCAAUCACCUGCCAGUGCUAGUUUCAACGUCGUCCUCCCCCCCAUGCAUGAGGCUGCCGUGUAUAAAGAGUAUUUUGUCCCUAUCGUAAUGACAAGGAUAUUAUUAUCGAAAAUAAACAAAAUGUUUCAAUCUAAAUGCUCACUGGUUACAAAAGUCCUGCCUGUAUAAAUCCAGAAUACUUGUCCAAGACCCGACAGCAGUGCUUAUGUUAUUUGCAGUAAUCGGAAUAAGCAGGACGCCCCAGGCCGACGACAAGAAUUGUUUUUGUGAAUUUAUGUAUAUCGCAAGCUUUCUUUGAUGGUUCAAGUGAUUAUUGAAAACGUUUUGUUCUCUAUCACCCUCUCUUUUGGCAGGUAUAUUCGUAUGGUGGUUGGCAUCAUAUCAUUUUCGAAUCAAUGAAUACAUUCACAUGUCUCGGGAAAAUACUGAGUAUACAGUGCUAA